AUGAGUGUCGCCAAAUAUCUUGAGGAUGUUGGUUUCCACAAAUGGAGUAGAGCACACUUCCCUGGCAACAGGUAUGAUGUAAUGACCACCAACAUUGCUGAGUCAAUUAAUUCGAUGUUCUUGGCGGAAAGAGAAUUCCCAAUUACUGCUCUAUUUAAUUCUAUAAAUAGGAGGUUUGCUCAAAAAUUUCAUGAGAGGCGUAUGAUGUUGGCCAACACAUCAACCAUAUGUGUCCCUUCUGUUGAAAGAAAAAUAAGAGAAAAUGUAACUAUAGGCAAUACACUAUUGGCCCAUCAAAUAAGCUUCCACACUUUUAGCAUCAUUGGUCAUGGUUCAGUGGCUAUGGUUGAUCUAAAUAAUAGAUCAUGUUCUUGUAGAGAGUUUGAUUUGAACAAAAUACCUUGUCCACAUGCUAUUGCAGCGAUAAGAAUCCAGUUCAGGGAUGAUUAUGGAUUAAGAGUUUAUGAUUUUGUUUCUCCAUAUUAUUCAGUAUGGUCAUACAAACAUGCAUAUGAAAAAUUAAUUCAUCCAGUGUUAUCUGAAGAAUUUUGGGAGUUUCCUCCAGAGCUUUUGGAGAGUAAAAUACCUUGUCCAUAUGUGGUGCGCAAACCGGGCCGAAAGAAGAGAAAACGUGCACCUUCAGUCUUGGAGCGGGGUUCAAAGAAGAAGAAAAAUAAAUGCUCCAUAUGCAAAAGAGUUGGUCACAAAAGAACUACGUGUAGUCUCAGAGCGAGACAAAAUGAAGGAACAAGCAGUAGUGUAGCUUCUUAA